AUCUAACCAUAUAACACCAUAUCUCAAAACCUUCUGCAUCGAAGUUGAUCAUCUUCAGCUCCUUCUCCCCUUCAAAGCACAGAUGGGUGUCACAACUUUUACUCAAGAGUUUGUAACUCCGGUCUCUCCUGCUCGGAUGUUCAAGGCGCUGGUCGUGGAUUCCCAUAUCCUUGUCCCCAGGUUGGUGCCUGAAUCAGUAAAGAGCAUCGAGUUUGUUGAAGGUGAUGGUGGGGCUGGAAGCAUUACACAGACGAACUUCUCUGGUGAUAGUGAUUGCGAGUAUUUGAAGUAUAAGAUCAAUGCAGUGGACAAAGAGAAGCUAGAGUGCAGAUACACUUUGAUUGAAGGUGGUGUGCUUAGUGAUCAGCUUGAAUCGAUUGUUUAUGAGAUGAAAUUCGAGGAAUCUGGUGAUGGAGGAUGCAUUUGCAAGACGAGGAGUGAGUAUCACACUAAGGGGGAGUUUGAGAUUAAGGAGGAGAGUAUCAGAGAAGGGAAGGAAAAAGCCAUGGGAGUGUAUAUGCUGGUUGAGGCCUACCUUCUUGCUAACCCUGACGAGGAGUUGUGAUUACUUUUUCUAAUGUAAUGGACCCUCAUAAAUUCAUUCCUUGGCUCUGCUCUGAAAACCUUAUUUAUUUAUUUAUUC